AUUCCGGUAGUACCAGAUCGUACGACGAAAUACAUGGUGAGGACUGCAUAUUUCUAUGGUGAAAUUGGUGGUUAUAGCAACCCACGGCCACCGGUGUUCGAUCAGAUAGUUGAUGGGACAUUAUGGGCUGUGGUGAAUACAACAGAGGAUUAUAUGAAUGGAAAUUUUAUAUAUUAUGAAGGAAUUUUCAAGCCUACUGGGAAGAAUUUGAGUGUGUGUUUGGCUGCUAAUACAUAUACAGAUUCAGAUCCUUUUAUUUCUUCUCUGGAGGUUGUGCCUUUGUGGGAUCAGUUGUACAAUUCCACAGACUUUCAUACUUAUGCUUUGAGUUUAGUUGCAAGGCACAGUUUCGGGUUCAGAGGAUCGAUAAUAAAAUAUCCUGAUGAUCAAUUUGAUCGUUAUUGGGUGCCAUUUGGAGAGAGUAAUUCUCCCUCGUUGAGUUCUGAAAAUGUUUCCGUUCCCGGUAUCUGGAAUCUACCGCCAGUGAGAGUGUUUCAGACACGAUUGACAAAAGAGCAACCAGAACCCCUGCUGUUAAUGUGGCCUCCAGCAUAUCUCCCUAACUCGACAUAUUACGUCGCUCUUUAUUUUGCCGAUGAUCGUGUUUCAACAAGCUCAAGAAUGUUUGACAUAACCAUAAAUGGGAUAACUUAUUAUAAUAACCUCAGUGUGACUCCAGCUGGUGUUGUUGUCUUUGCAAACCAGUGGCCUCUUUCUGGUUUGACAAAUAUAGCAUUAACUCCUUCUACUGGAUCAAGUAUUGGUCCCCUAAUCAACGCAGGAGAAGUUUUUCAAGUGCUGACAGUUGGAGGAAAAACUCUCGCACGUGAUGUUGUUGCUAUGGAAGGCUUGAAAAAAAGUUUCCAGAAUCCACCAGUUGAUUGGAAUGGUGAUCCGUGUUUACCCCGUCAAUACUCAUGGACUGGAGUUACUUGCUCAGAAGGACCCCGAAUUCGUAUAGUAACCUUAAACAUGACGGGCAUGGGUCUUUCAGGAUUGAUCUCACCAUAUAUUUCCAAGAUGACGGCAUUGACAACCAUCUUGCUUGGGAACAAUAGUCUGUCGGGAACUAUACCCGACCUCAGUUCAUUAAAGGGAUUGACAAUUUUGCAUUUGGAAGACAACCGGCUUGGUGGUCAUAUUCCCCCAUUGCUGGGAAACUUGAAAAACUUGCGUGAGCUCUUCGUUUAUAACAAUAAUCUGACCGGCCAAGUACCAAGCAACAUUUCUGGAAAACCCGGAUUGGACCUAAGGGUUACUCCCGGGAAUCCGUUUUUGAUACUGCCGCAGUCGUGACAACAUCAUGUAAACUAGUUACUAACAACCACGCAAGAGUCUACAGAGCAUUACCAAAAUUCUCCAAAUCCUGGAAGUAAGACUAUGGCUCGUGCUUCUAACCACAUUCGUACUGCUUCUUUUGAGAAUCGACACUUGUUUAUGGUUGUCAACAUAAAUUCUUGAAUUGACAAAUGAAAAUGUGUGUCAAAUUGUAUAUCAGCAUGUUUUUAUAUAGUUAUUUUUUGAAUGAUAUUCUCUGUAUCACAAUUUUUCUCUGUAUAACUUAAAGUGUAUCUAUGUUUUAUAUACUUGAUUUACAUUUCAAUUAGAUCUUUGUAAUUGUUUGUUAUUGUGUGUAGUUAACUAGUUGUAUAACUAUAUCUACUAGUGAUUAAUCUUGUAAUUAUCGU